AUGACCGCCGGAGCGGCCUCCCGCCGUGCUGAGCCCCGGCUGCGCCGAGCCAGUCUGGCGGCGCCGCGAGCCGGUUACCGCGCCCGGGGCGGGAAACCCGGACCUCCGUAUCCGAGUACUGGGCCGGCACCGGGAAGAGGCCGAGCCCCGUCGUGGCGGCCGCCGCACCCCCCCGGCGCCGCGGUGGUUCGCCCCGCGCGACCGCGAUUGGUCGAGCGCUUAAAGGGGCCGGCAGCGCGCGCUUUUCCGCCCCGCGGCGCGGCGGCUGCAUCGGCGCGUGCCCCCUCGCCCGCGCGGCGCUGCCCGGCACGCGGGGCGGGGGGGGCCAUGGACGGCGGCCGCCGCGGGACACAAAGGACGGCGCGGCGGCGGCGGGCGACGCGGCGCGGGGCCAUGGCGGCGGCGGCGGCGGCGGCGGUGGCGGGGCCGGGCAUCGGCGGCGGUGGCGGUGGCCCGCGGUACAGCCUGCUGGCCGAGAUCGGCCGCGGCGCCUACGGCGUGGUGUACGAGGCGGUGUCAGGCCGCAGCGGCGCCCGGCUGGCUGUGAAGCGGAUCCGCUGCGAUGCUCCCGAGAACGUAGAGCUGGCGCUGGCCGAGUUCUGGGCCCUGACGAGCCUCCGGCGGCAGCACCCCAACGUGGUGCGGUUCGAGGAGUGCGUCCUGCAGCGGCACGGCCUGGGGCAGCGCAUGAGUCACGGCAACAAGCGCAGCCAGCUCUACCUGCGCCUCGUCGAGACCUCCCUCAAAGGUGAGAGGAUCCUGGGCUAUGCAGAGGAGCCUUGCUACCUGUGGUUCGUCAUGGAGUUCUGCGAAGGGGGAGACCUCAACCAGUAUGUGCUGUCCCGAAGGCCCAACCCAGCCACCAACAAGAGCUUCAUGCUGCAGCUGACCAGUGCCAUUGCCUUCCUGCACAAGAACCACAUUGUCCACCGGGACCUGAAGCCAGACAACAUCCUGAUAACUGAGAAAUCUGGCACUCCUGUGCUCAAGGUGGCUGACUUUGGGCUGAGCAAGGUCUGCGCUGGCCUGACUGCUCGGGGCAAGGAGGGUGGGCAUGAGAACAAAAAUGUGAAUGUGAACAAGUACUGGCUGUCCUCAGCCUGUGGCUCUGAUUUCUACAUGGCACCUGAGGUAUGGGAAGGACACUACACUGCCAAGGCUGACAUCUUUGCCCUCGGCAUCAUCAUCUGGGCCAUGAUUGAGAGGAUCACUUUCAUUGACGCUGAGACCAAGAAGGAACUGCUGGGGACUUACAUCAAGCAGGGGACUGAGAUUGUGCCCGUUGGGGAAGCGCUGCUAGAAAACCCAAAGAUGGAGCUGCACAUCCCUCAGAAACGCAGGACUUCCAUGUCUGAGGGGAUCAAGCAGCUCUUGAAAGACAUGUUGGCUGCUAACCCGCAGGAUCGACCUGAUGCCUUUGAGCUUGAAACAAGAAUGGACCAGGUUACAUGUGCUGCUUAA